AUGGGUCAGCUGCUGCUGGCCUUCGGCUUGAACUUCGGCAUGAACAGCGUCACCCUCAUCCAGGUGCCGGGCGAUCCUGACGGCUUUCUCAGCGCCGACCAGCCCAACUGGUUGAUCGCCGCCACCUCGCUGGGUGGCAUGCUAGGCGGCCUGAUGGGCGCGCCGGUGGCCAUACCCGAGGGCUGCGUGCGUGGCUACGUGUCUGAGAUUGUGCCGCCCAAGCGCCGUGCCCUCUUCAGCGCCCUGUCGAACUUCAUGAUUUGCCUGGGCCAGGUGCUGGUUGUGGCCGUGGCGCCGCUGCUGCACUGGCAGGUGCUGUUCAUCGUGGUAGGCGUGGUGCCGGCCGCGCUUUGCCUCUCCGGUCUCCUCUUCCUGCCCAACUCGGCCAAGUGGCUGCUCUCGGGCGGCCACUCGGAGGAGGAAGCCGUGCGCUCCAUACAGUUCUUCCGUGGCACGCAGGUGGACGCCGCUGCCGAGGUAUGCAGUAUCCACGAUUCACUGCAGCACGCACAUGCGGACGGCGCCGCACUGCCCAUGUGGACGCUGCUGCGUCAGCCGGGCACGUGGCGUCCGCUGUCACUGGUCUUCAUCCAGAUGGUACUGUUGCCUUGGUGCGGCAGCUCCACGCUGAUGCUCAUCACCGCCUUCGUGCUGGCGUCGGUGCGGCUUCCGCUAAGCGAGUACCAGCGAGCCAUGCUGCCAGCCGCGCUCGCCGCGGUCGUCAGCGUGCCCGGCGGCAUGAUCAUCGAAAGAUACGGCCGGCUACCGGUGCUGCGUCUGGGCGGCGUGCUCUCUGCCAUUGGCUGCGCUGCGGUCGCCGCGUACUUCUUCCUGGCCCCGGAGUCCCACAAGCGUCUCGGCUGGAUUGUGCUGGCGGGCGCUGGCCUGACGCAGGUGGCCGUUGUCGGCAUGCUCGCCAACGUCGCAUUCAACUACGUCACCGAGCUGCUGCCCAACAAAACGCGCGCCUUGGGCGCGAACAUCGUCCUCGUUGUGCUGAAUUUGAAUGUAUUUGUGCUGCUAAAAUUGUACCCACUAAUCAGAGAUGGGAUUGGUCUGGGUGGAGGCUUCGUCAUCCACUCGCUGGUAAGCCUGUGCCAGGUGUUCUUUGCCACAUUUUGCCUGAAGGAAACAAAGGGUCUCUCGCUGGAGCAGAUUCAGCAUCUGUUUUAG